GUGGAAGAAGCUUCAGUCCGGCGAGAUGGUCUUCGUGAAGGAGGCAAAAGAACUAUAUGAUCGUGCGGGGAGAGAUUUUGUUGCAGAAUUCAAGAGGAGACAGAGAGCUGAAGUGAACGAUGAGUGUUUGUUUUGUCGGAACCAUGAUGGCGAGAAGAUGAUCGGCCGGGCUGGAGCGAACUCUAAGACGACUAGACCCUGGGUUUACCUGAGAAGAGAACACGAGCAAACUGUUCUAAGCACGUCGAAGAAACGAGAAAUGAAGUUGGCUCCGAGCUCGAGAAGUUGGCUGCAAGGAUUGGUCAACUGGAGGCCAGUGCUCGGACUCUAGCAUCGGAGAAGCCAACUCUCAAGAGUCAAAUCCAGAAGUUGGAUCUCCAAGCAAGUUGAGCAGCACAGGAGGAGGCCACUAAAGCUAUAGACCAGUUAAGUCGAGAGAAGAUCGACCUUCUCGAGGACUGACUCCAAAGAUUUGCAACUGUCCAAGACGUGAAAGCAGUGCGUGACGACUGUGUCUCAGGGCUCCAGGCGGAGAAGUCUAUCACACUUCAGGCGUCUAAACAGGCCAGCAACCAGCCUCCACACUCUUCUAAGUCAAGAGAAGAUCAAUGGAUCAAGUUUGACUACA